UGUUCUUGGGUACGGGAAAAGGCUCUCUUAGUUCCACAAAAGAGGGGAAACCGUUUGUCUCUUAUAAUAUUUCACAUGAAGUUUAUUUAUAGUAAUAGAAACUUAAAUUAAGAUAGAAACUAAUGUACAUACUAAUUCAUUAUCUCUUCCUUUAAAUAUUUGAAAAUUAGCCAAAUUACACUCAGGGAAUGGAGAGUUUCCAUUUUCCUCUCGGUACUUCACCCACGGUUGCGAAAAUGUGUAUUUACAGUGGGAACAACUUAACCGAAACAAAGCCACCGUCAUUACCAUUAUCAAACUUUUAUAACCAUUGCUACUUGGAUAAAUUGGAAGUGCUGCGAGAAAAAAACAAAACAGUUGGCGUGAAACUUCAUCUAAUUUCAGAAGCACUAGGCUCCAACAAAUUACGCGAAUUAAGGAAACAGACUGUAACAAAGGUUUUAAGUCUAGGAGACACCGUUCAGGAUGUCUGCUCAGCCAUCGGAUCGCCAAAUAAAGUCUUUUAUAAAGCGGACGAUAAAAUGAAGAUCCACCUGCCGAAUUCUCACAAAUUAAUAACUUACAGUUCGUCAGAUUACUUCUACAAUUUCUUUACGCUAGGAAUGGACAUAUUGUUCGAUGCGAGAAUUCACAGAGUGAAGAAAUUCAUCCUGCACACAAACUAUCCCGGUCAUUAUGAUUUUAACAUUUAUCUUCGUUGCAAUCUCAGCAUUGAUAUCAAUUGCACCAAUAAAGAAAACAAGAGCGAAACUCUGACUAUUACAACUUUCACCAAGUGGGAUUCGGUGAAGCACAAACUCAUUAAAUUGUCUGUGUUACCGGUAGUUUUAAACAGAACGUCCACCAACACGACAAACCCCUUUGGUUCAACGUUCUCUUUCGGAUUUGAAGAUAUGAUUUUUGAGGUAAUUUUGUUAUGAUUCUACAAGCUUUCUUAUAUACAUUCAUAAACAAUAAACAAUUUCUAGACACUACAUUUAUCACAUUCCAGUUUUAUGUACGUGAUACAUAGUAGUCCUUAUACACCAAUGUAACUGUACAUCAUGUUCUUAAGUGACUACACCUACAAGAUGAGACCACCUGCAGUGUCAUGGUGGGAAAAUUCAGAAGUUAGCACUCCUCUCUCAUAAAUGAUGCACAAUAUGAGAAAAAAGUCAAUUACAAAUCAUAUACACAUUUGCAUCAGGGAUGGAGCUUCUUGUUGCUUAUUAGAAUAAUACACUGUGUCUAUGUCUAGCGUGCAUUUUCAUUCUCUAUACUUUGUG